GCAGCAACAGAUCAGCCUCCUCACUGCAGCGCUGAUGCUACGCUGGUGUCCAAGCGGAAACAUACGGUGCAAACCUCAAACCGAGCAGGAUGACGAAGAAAAGGAGCGUUGAGAACGUCACUGUGUGAAGAGACCGCGCGCUGCCUUUAUUUUAAGCUGCUCUAAUGUGAACUGGAUGGAAACAGAGACCCCCCGCCACCACCACCUGGAAAACAUUGAGGAACUAAGUGGAUUGAAGAAGGCAGAGACCGGGUGAGGGAGUCAGAAGGGAGGGAAGACACGGGGGAUUAGCAGCUAAUCCAGUGCACGGACAAUCCUGGAGGAGCUUUAUCGUUCUUCCAGGACGAUGCAGACGAAACAAUUGCUGGAUUACGACACUUUAUUUUACUACUCUUUGGAAGAACGCAGCACCCUUCUUUUUCCUUCGCUCUGACAGUCUUCAUUGAGGACUUGCAUCUUUGGACUGAAGAACCAGUGAAGCCGGAACCGAAGGGGACAAACCUGGGGGCAGGAUGUGUCAUGAACGGUGUGGUGCCACACACACGGAUCAGCCUUUUUAGUGGGAGACAGAGCAUGACCGUGGACCUCUGUUUUUUCCGCUUGACCGCUGAGGAGCACAAGUGCAGAACAAGUCCAUUGAUGAGUGGACCCAAAACUGGAUUUCAGACUUGACUGACAUGCACUCAGAAUUCAGACGUUCUCAUUCAGUUUAAAGGGAAAUUACGCCACUUUUCUUCCGCAAUGAGUCUGGGAAAACUGCCAGGGUUUAAAGGCCUUGUUGCUGGCUCUCAAGGGAAACGGCGUUUUAAAAGCGACCUCUCAGUGGACAUGAUCAGCCCACCGCUGGGGGACUUCCGACACACCAUGCACGUUGGCCGCGGCGGGGAUGUGUUUGGUGACACUUCCUUCCUUAGCAACUACGGGGGCAUCAGGGAGCCAGGAAGUCCGGACUCAGCAAACAGCUCCAAGUCAACCGGCUUCUUCACACGCACUUUCCGCAAUGUACGGAGGACCUCUGGGCCACGGCCGCGAGCCGGCUCCAGAGACCUGCCCUCCCCUCCACCAGACGUCUCACCCAUCAUCAAGAAUGCCAUCUCUUUGCCUCAGCUGAACGUGGACUCUGCCAAUGGGUGCCUACAGAGGGUGCUGUUCCCCAGCUCCAUCAGCUCCACAGACGAUUCCUUCUGCACAUAUGGUGUCCAGUCUGGAUUUGUCACUCUGCCUCGCCUUCCUCGACUUGAAAGGCAGAUUCAAGAUGGAGACUUCUGUAGAGGGUCUCCAACAGACAACGGUGGCGUCACACUGACUCGCUCCGACUCCCUCGCUUCGUUCACGGUGGAUUUAGGUCCUUCUCUUAUGACCGAGGUGUUGAGCUUGAUUGACAGCACCAGCUCCCUCCAAAUAUCCAGUCACAGCCAGGCAGCAGAGAGGGAAGAGGAAGGAGGGGAGGAUAAAGAUGAUGACAGCUCUCUAACCAAGACGCCUGUGCAGACACCUGGAGUCUCGUCACCCAACUUGUCCAUGUGCAGCGGGUCAUCCAGUCACAAUGUAAGCAGCAGAGAUAGUUCUAACCGGACAGAGCAAGAGGAGGACGGCAGGUCUGUGAGGACGCCCGAUGCGUCCAGCAUGUCUCCUCACAGAGAGGAACCUGUGAUGGAGGCAGAAAGGUUCCAGAAGGCAGCUGACAUGCUGGCUCGUCAUUACGGUGGAGGGUCCUUCACAAAGGCAACGAGGAUGAGCAGCAACGGCGCCUCUUCGGCUUUUUACAAAGGCCACAAAACACCAUAUGCCUUUCCAGAUGAGGAGGAAGAGAUCAAAGUAUAGAUGUUAAUACUCAAACACUAACUCAUGAACAUUGUUCCUGAUCCUGUCGCUGGUCAGUCCUUCAUGUAAACAUUCUUCAUUCAGUAACAGGUACACAUGGACAAGGCAGGGACAAGAAGUUUGUAUGAAGUUUGGUUUCUAUCUGGACCUGAAAACUCCACCAUGCUGUGCUACAACGUGAUUACACAGUUUAUUUAUUGGACAUAUUUUCAGACUAUUGACGUGGACACUACUUAACCAUAAUGUUCACAUGAAACGUGUUUAGGUUGAAGAGUUGAAAUUGAGCUUGGGAUUAGAGAGCACUGCAUUUGGAAGAUAGUUUCAUAUUAAUACAUUACUACAUCAUUUGUACUUUUUUUUUAUCAUCAUGUACAUUUGUAAUAUUGAUCCAAGGAAGGACUAUGUCAUAAUCUCCUAACUGUAACCUACGGUAGCUGAGAAGUUCAAAACACAUUUAAGUUAAUAAAACAAAAACAAAACAAAACAAAAAAA